AUGUCCCUGGAUGUUCAAGACGUUAUAUACCUUAGUUCUGACGAUUCAGACAUAGAUAGCACCCCGAUACCCAUUCCUCAACCUAUUACACCGUCUGAUUUGCGCCAAAAUGGCGAGAAUACCGAAAAACGAAUACGACUAGAUUCACUUUUCAAACCUGGAUCUUCAACAAACCAAUGGAACGACCCGUCCCAGGAGACUCAUGAUGAUACCCCGGCUGCCUCAGACGACGUGGUGAUAGACUUGACCGAAGAAAUGCCAGAAAACAACGAAACCGAAAAAAAACCAGGAUUUUUUCAAAGACUACUUCAGCCGUUUCAGAGCCACGUCACCAACAAUGACCACCAAAUACAGACCACAGACCCCCUGAAUGGCUACUACCACGCCUCUGAUGUUAUGAACCCACCAGUGAUUCCCCAAGACCCAGAUCCAGCAAAUUUUAUAGAUGAUAGUGAUGACGAAAUAAUGAUCCUAGACCCUGUUGAAGCGGCAAAAUUGGGCAAGUUUAAAGAGGCUUCGUUUUCCAACCACCAGCGACUCAACAAUUUUCGCUAUCCGUCAGAAGUGGAAGCCCCAGACUCGCAAGUGGCCCCUCCCAGCUUGUUCAACCAACCGGCACCAGUGGCACAUUUUGGCCAUGAUCCACGAGCAACUUUUCACGCAGACCAACUACGAAUCAACCAGCUUCAGCAGGUGCGUGCUCAGAACAUGAGGGAGAUACAAGAGCUCCAGAUUCGUGGUCAAUCUCUCUCCCAGACGAUGCAACAUGACCAGAGGAACAUGGACGCAGCAGCUGCCAAGGCCAUCAGACUCGAAAAGGAGUUGAAGAUGUUACGAGAAGACCCUAAUAGCGAGCGUGAGAGACUCGUGGCGCUCGAGGGUGAAGCCCAACGACUGCUCGAUGCUUAUAGAGGGCUCAACCAGCGCCGUAAAAACUUCACUAAUGAGCUCCGGAGAGUUCACUCGCUGUUGCCGCGUCUCCAAGACGUUGUUCGCAAGACAGAAGUGGAAUUGAAUCGCCUAAUGUCUAUACAAAGCGCAAGCCAAGCUCAGCUCCAAGCUCAGCUCCAACCACAACCUAUUCAACCGCAACAUAUUCAACCACAACCUGUUCAACCGCAGGGUUAUGUACGCAAUGUCUAUGGAGGAAGAGACGAGGUUGACCUUAAAGAAUUGCUCAACAAUAUCCGUCCAGACGAAGAAGCAGACACCGAAGACAUGGCUGCUACACCGCCAGAAUUGGCUAUUUCUCUAUUGAAACACCAGAAAUUGGGCUUGACUUGGUUGCUUCGGAUGGAGGAGUCCAAGAGUAAGGGCGGCAUACUAGCCGAUGAUAUGGGAUUGGGAAAAACUAUCCAGGCGUUGUCGCUAAUUGUAGCACACAAAUCGAGCGUCGACGACUGCAAGACAACUUUGGUGAUAGCUCCUGUGGCAUUAUUACGUCAAUGGGCAGCUGAGCUCGACUCGAAACUCAAGUCGUCUUACCGAUUCAAAGUUGCUAUAUAUCACGGAAACGAGAAGAAACUGAUGACAAGAUUUAGGGCUUUUAAAGGUUUUGACGUGGUUUUAACUUCCUACGGCACCUUGUCGUCAGAAUGGAAAAAGCAUUACAAGUCUGCCAUUGAAGAAGCACAGGUCACCCCAGGUCAAAAUGUGGUUCCUGAUCUUGAUUCUGGUGGUGAACUGUACGACUCGCCAUUUUUUUCCAGAGGAGCCAUCUUCUAUCGUGUUAUCUUGGAUGAAGCACAGAACAUCAAAAACAAAAAUGCUAUCGCUUCGAAAGCCGUAUAUUGUAUCAAGUCGAAGUACCGACUUUGUUUGUCAGGAACUCCCAUUCAGAAUAAUCUCGAUGAGUUGUACCCCAUACUUCGGUUUCUACGUAUCAAACCUUACAAUGAUGAAGAAAGAUUCAGAGGCGAUAUUGUGUUGCCAUUAAAGCAGAAAGGAGGCUACUCCGAUGUCUUCUCACAAAGAAGAAGUAUGAAGAAACUUCAGGCAUUGCUUAGUGCUAUUUUAUUGCGUCGUGCCAAAGAUUCUCUUAUCGAUGGACAGCCAAUAUUGAGUCUACCCGAAAAGCAUAUUGAAGAAGUUCAGGUCGACAUGGAAGCGAAAGAAAAGGCCGACUACGACGCCCUAGAACAGAACAUUCAAUCCAAAGCAGAAGGGCUCUUGAACUCAGCUGGACUGACAACAAGUAUCCUUACCCUUCUUUUGCGUCUUCGACAGGCCUGUUGUCACAGCUACUUGGUUGAAGUAGGUGAUCUCAAGCGCAGAGCAGAGACAAAUCCCUCUCUUUUCGUCAGUGAAAGUUGGAAGAAAAUGUAUGCUGCAACUUGUGACUUCGAUGAAGAAACCGUCAAGAGAAUCAAGCUAGAAUUGAGUGACGAUAUAACCGGUGGUGACGGUCAAGAAGAGGGUAUUUUCACUUGCCCACUUUGCUAUGAUGUCUUUUCGAGACACUCUAUAACUCUUUUUCCUCAGUGUGGUCAUAUGAUUUGUGAAAACUGUGUUGAAAAUUUCUUUGAACGCUUUGAAAUGGGAGACUCAAUAAUAGGAUUCAGAAGUGCUCUGUGCUUUGCCUGUUCAAGGGAGAUUAAGGAACAGGAUUUGAUCAAGUAUGAAAUGUUUCACAAGGUUCACUACGACGGAUACGAUGAAGAAGCCAUUGAAGAUUUGUUUUCGCCAAAAUCUAGGGCCCCUGAAAAGUUUACCUCUACUGAUAUAAUAAGUCGCCUUAUUGAAGAAACCAAUGGUUUCACACCGUCUACAAAGAUCGAAAAAUGCAUUGAGCUCGUGAACCAAAUACGAACGAAAAGUCUGGAAGAAAAGAUCAUUGUGUUCUCACAAUUCACUACUCUCUUUGACUUGAUGAAGUUGGUUCUUGACAAAAAAGGUAUACCAUUUUUACGUUAUGAUGGGUCGAUGUCACUUGAUGCUCGCAAUAAUACGAUAAAGAACUUCUACCAGGGUCUGACUCAGGUCUUGUUGAUAUCGUUAAGAGCAGGAAAUGUUGGUCUUACCUUAACUUGUGCAAAUCAUGUUAUUUUGAUGGACCCAUUCUGGAACCCAUUUGUUGAAGAGCAGGCUAUGGAUAGAGCUCAUAGAAUUGGUCAACAGCGUGAGGUUUUUGUCCAUCGUAUCUUGCUCAAUGACACGAUCGAAGGCCGUAUAAUGGAGCUCCAAAAGUACAAGAAAGAAAUGGUGCAGAAUGCACUAGAUGAGAAUGGCAUGAAGUCCGUGAGUAAGCUAGGAAGACAAGAAUUGGGGUUCUUAUUUGGUUUGAACAAUUUGGUCGACCGUGUAUUACAGUGA